AAAAAAAAAAAAGAUUCAACUGUUUAUACUGGAGCCGGUCUCCUUAUCCUAAUUCAACCAUCUAAUCAACUCCCUCACUCUCAUACCCUCACAACAACCGCCAUCAUGUCAGCUCUGGCAGCCGACGUCUCCUUCGACUUCACCUUCCCCUCUCCCUCCCCCUCCCUCGAGGAUCCCGCAACCCCUCCCAUGGACACCCUGCCCGUCAUGGAAUACAGCCUCGACCACUUCCCCUCCAGCCUCCUGGAGCUCCCAUACGGCUCCCACAACCGCCACGUCCGAUCGACAUCCCGCGCCUCCUCCGUCUACUCCGCCAUCUCGGCUGUAGACUCAAUAGCAGAGUCGGCAUGCUCCCGCUUCACCACGCCUCCCCGCGCCAGCCCCCCCGUUCGCCAGCAUGGCCCUCUGCUGCUGCCCAAGAUCCGCUCCCAGGACCAGCAGCUGGAUCAAUCCCACAUCGCCCGCGCGGCACACUCUCGCUCCAACUCCAUUCGCUCUGCUGCCUCUGCCAGGGCCAGGAUGGUUCACCAGCAGUCCACGCCCCCUCCGCCGGCCUCCAAGCCCAUCCGCACAAGCCACUCCCGGAGCUACACCAACCCUGAGACCCUCGCCAACAUGGCUUUUGCUCACAUCUCGCCCUUCACCACGCCUCCUCCUCCUCCUCAGACACAUGAUGAGGCUGCUGCUGCUCCGGUCUUCCCCUCAUCGCUGCUUGCUUCGCCGCCAACUUUCGCCCAGGACCUGCCGCCGCCUCGUCGAACCAGCACCAUUGACACCGCCACCAUUGACAAGUAUGGCUAUCCGACGUAUCGACAGAUGCCUUUUGUGCCCACCACCACUGCUGCUGCUUCACAGUCAGACUACUUGUUCUCGUCAUAUCUCCCCCGUGCUCCAUCACCACUGGCUCUCGCCGCCACUGCCACUCCCGACUCAGAGCCAUCAACCACUCUCAUGCAGCACCUGGCUUGCGCCAACCCUGCCGCAUCUCUCGUCCGGACCAUCUCCUUCCCCCUCCGCGACCCUUCCAUCAAGCACUUCUGGUGGGAUGUCCGCAGCGUCUCCUCGUGGUCAAGCUUCAACGCCUCAACCGUCCUGUCUCUUCCAGGGGCAUCCGCUCUGCUCAACUCGCCAGUGCCCGCCUCCCUCCUGCAAACACCAGCCUUCUCCUCUCGCCAUCCCGAGACCGAGGCCGCUCUCCACAGCAUCUACGCCUCAUACUAUCUCCCCAAGCUCAACUCCGCACUGGCCAUGUCGUCCAACCGCCCUCUGCAGCUCUCCGUCCCAGCCAAGACGGCAUCCGGCGUCAACGACCUCAUCUUCGUCGCAAACCCCAUCGGCGAGUCGUCCACCGCGGCCGCCAUCUUCGGCGGCAAGCCCACCGGCCGGGUCGUCGGCCUCGUGCGCAGCUUCGACCGCUUCAACACCGGCAUGCGCGCUGAAGGCAACAUCAAGCGCGUCGACUACCUCCGCGGCCUCGCCGCCCUGCACUACGCCAUGCGCGAGCACGGCUGCCGCUACGGCUUCAUCCUCACCGAGAUCGAGCUCGUCCUCGUCCGCGCCGGCACAGAGUCCACCCCGUUCUUUGGCGACUUGGAAAUCACUUCCGUCCAGCUCAACGCCGCUGCGUCUGAAGCCGAGCUAGACUCCUCAGACAGCGUGCCCCUGACGGCCUGUCUGGCUCUCUGGGGCCUGUGCCAGCUCGCUGGUGAUCAGACGCCCGCGGGCCACGCCCACUGGAAGGCUGAGAUUGGCGCUCCUGCCGAUGGCACCAGGCGAAAGGCCAAGGCUCGGGACAACUGGAUUCCCAAGCCGCAGCUGGCGGAGAAGCGCGAGGCCAAGAGGAGCCGAGGCUGGGUGUGGCCCGAGGAUCCCAUCGGGAGGAAGGAGAUGGGCAAGAGGGGCGUCAAGUAUGGUGGAUUGUGUUGAGUUUUUUUUUCCCCCCUCCUUUGAGAUGCUUGGCUGGUACUUGCAUCUCUCUCUUUCUCUCCCUCUCGCGCGCGCUCAGUAGUAAUAUCUUUCCUAAUCUGCCUUGACAUCUUUUUCUUUGUCUGAGUUUAUGAAUGGAAUGACUUUAGUAAGAUAUGUAUACAGCUCGACUAAUUACUCGCUCUUUUACCAUUUCCUUUUUAAAUAAAUACAAGACUGUUG